CAUUUUUCAAAAAUGACUAAGGGCUUGUUUGAUUCGACGAAAUGGCCAUUCCAUUUCGCCCUUAUUCCACGCGCUACAGUGACACAUUUGUUUGGUUGAAAAUGACCACCGAAUCACUAUUCCAUGCGGGCUCUAUUACGCGUAAACGCUGUAUUACCAUUGAGCCUCUCGUAAUAGCUUUUCUUUUUAUUUCAGAUGAAAAUCUCCUCCCACUUCCACUUAUCAUUCAGACAAAAAUCUUCUUGGGUUUUCCAUAAAAUGCAUAGAAUACUCUCUGUUUUUGGAUUUUGAGUGUGGCAGAUUUCUGUGUGGUGGAAAAUAUGGAGAAAUCAAUGUCGAAGGCGGAGCUUUCCAAAGAAAUACACACGUCUCCACCGUGUAUCCCAGCGAUUGUGGAAACAGCAAGGCUCCAAUCAAUUAUCAGUGAUUACAAUCUUAGAGAAGACUGCUCUGUGUUUGAAAACUUGUUUGAAUUUUGUCAAAUUUAUGCUGGUGGGACAAUAGAUGCUGCAAGAAGAUUAAACAAUCAGUUAUGUGAUAUUGCUAUAAAUUGGGCUGGUGGUUUACAUCAUGCCAAGAAGUUCUCUAAUCAACUUGUUGAAAUUCUAUUAUGGCAGGGUUGGUUAUCUGAAGGAUGUUAUUUUGGCAAGGGUAUUAGAAGAGGCCACAGCUGCCAGUCUCAAUUUUAUAAUUCAUUCAAACAAUACUAUUGUUAUUUCUAUAUUGAAGGAUGAUAGCACCUUCAUUCAGGAAUUGUUCACUAGGUUGAGACCACCCACCACAUCUGCUGAAUCAAAGAAAAAUUUGGUUUCUCAACUUCCUAAUAAAAAAGAGACAGUAUAUGGAGCAUUGGACAAAUGGGUAGCUUGGGAGACUGAGUUUCCAUUGAUCGCAACUGCAAAAGCUUUACAAAUUUUCAAGAAGAGGAGCCAAUGGUUGCAUGUUAUUCAAGUAUAUUCAGUCUAUUGGUAUUCUUGCUUUGUAUUUUCCAGCUUCUAAAAUACAUUCAUUGAUGCAAGGAAGCUUUAUAUGUUCAAUAAUUUUCCAUUAAUAUAUAUUAUAUUAAAAUAGUGUUGUAUUAUCAUAUUUGAUUCUAUAGAAUACUCUCUGUCAGUAUUUUAAAGGAACCUUAAUGCUAUUCUUUUGAAUAGAUACUUUCAAUCAAUAUUCUUUAUGAA